CGCUCUGACACCCCUCCGCCCACCCCAUCCCUUCUCGAUAGUCUCCAGCCUCCUCCUGCUCCGCCCAGCAACCGCGCCAGGAUGGCCGCGCGCUGCCCUUACUUCGCCGCCGAGGAGACCACCCGCGUCAUCCGCCCGGGGGAGUCGCCGGCCGCGGCGCUCCGCCGGAUCCUCGCCAAGCCCGGCGCGCACCAGGCGCCCUGCUGCUUCGACGCGCUCGCCGCGCGCCUCAUCGAGCGCGCCGGCUUCGAGAUCGGCUUCAUGAGCGGUUUCUGUGUUUCUGCCACCAGGCUUAGCUUGCCUGACGUUGGCCUCAUCUCCUAUGGAGAAAUGGUAGACCAAGGGCGUCUAAUCAACGAAGCUGUAUCAAUCCCAGUGCUUGGUGAUGGAGACAAUGGCUAUGGAAACUCUAUGGGCAUCAAGAGAACCAUCAAAGGGUACAUCAAUGCUGGUUUUGCUGGAAUCAUGCUUGAAGAUCAGGUGUCGCCUAAAGCAUGUGGACAUACUGAAGGAAGGAAAGUGGUCUCAAGGGAGGAAGCCGUCAUGCACAUAAAAGCUGCUGUUGAUGCUAGGAAUGAGAGUGGUUCUGACCUUGUCAUUGUGGCAAGGACAGAUUCACGUCAAGCCAUUUCUCUGGAUGAAGCACUAUGUAGAGUAAAAGCUUUUGCUGAUGUCGGCGCUGAUGUUCUUCUAAUUGACGCCCUUGCUUCAGUGGAAGAGAUGAAGGCAUUCUGCGCAGUUUGCCCAGGAAUUCCAAAGAUGAUAAACAUUAUAGAAGGUGGUAAAACUCCCAUACUGAGCCCUGUGGAACUUGGGAAAAUUGGUUACAGCCUCAUAGUCUAUUCAGUAUCCUUACUUGGCGUCUCAAUGCGUGCAAUGAAGGAUGCUUUAGUUGCAAUAAAAGAUGGCGGUGUACCUCCACCUAGCAUCAUGCCAUCUUUUCAGGAUAUCAAGGACACACUACGGUUCGACCGCUACUACAAAGAAGACAAGCUAUACCAAGUGGAUGACUGCAGAGCCACAAAUGGACACAUUUGAAUCUACCAUAGUUUGGCAAUUCUGGAUUCUGCUGGAUAUAUCCUGCCAUGCAAGGUGCCCAUGCAUGGCUCAUGUACCAUAUGUGGGAGAUUUAAUAUCUGGGAAGCUGUAGCCUUCUCUAUUAGUGCUCAUUUUUUCAAUCUUCUACUCUGUUCAGGUUUCAAUAAUUCUGAAUUGUAUGUUUCCAAUUUCAAUAAAACAGACCUACUGGAAGAUAAGACCAUCUGAUGAUUUGAAUCUACAA